CCUUUAGUCCCCUUUCAGCGAGUCCUCGAUCUUGCCCGUCCCAUUCAAGCCCUUUGAAGUUUGAACCAUCCGUUCAAACCACCCAUCCACUUACCUCAAAGCCCCAGCAAAACACAUCACUACCUCCCACCCACUAACCCAGCCCUGAGACAAGAGAAGAAGAACCAAAAUGUCGCCCUCAGCUACCUCCCCCUCCCCCUCCCCAGCAUCACCAUCCACCCCACGCAUCCUCGUGCCUGAGAAGCUCUCCCCCGAAGGCCUGUCCCUGCUCCGCGGGGCGGGAUUCUCAGUCGACAACCUAACCUCACCUCUCUCCAACGAGGACCUGAUCCGCUCCAUCGCCGAGUAUGACGCGUUGAUCGUGCGGUCCGAGACCAAAGUCACUGCUUCCGUGCUGGCGGCCGCUUCUCAGUUGCGUGUAGUUGCGCGUGCCGGGGUGGGGGUUGACAACAUUGACGUCGACGCCGCCACGCGCCAGGGCAUUGUGGUCGUCAACUCGCCCAGCGGUAACAUCCUUGCUGCCGCGGAGCAUACAAUUGCGUUGUUGUUGGCUGUUGCUAGGAAUGUGGGGCGCGCGGAUGCGGGUAUGAAGGCGGGCAAGUGGGAAAGGGGGAAGUUGGUGGGUGUGGAGGUUGGGAGGAAGGUAUUGGGGGUUGUGGGGUUUGGGAAGGUCGGGAUGAAGGUUGCGCGCAUGGCGGUGGGGUUGGGGAUGAGGGUUGUUGUGUUUGACCCGUAUGCCAGCGAAGAGGUUGCGCAGAGGGAAGGGGUUGAGUUGAGGGACGGGUUGCCGGCGUUGUUGCCUGAGGUGGAUUUCUUGACGGUGCAUACCCCCCUGCUGGCGAGCACGCUCAAUCUGCUUGGGGAGAAGGAGCUGAGGAGCAUGAAGAAGACGGCGAGGGUGCUGAACGUGGCGAGGGGUGGUGUGUAUAAUGAGGAGGCGUUAUUGAAGGCUUUGGAUGAGGGUUGGAUUGCUGGGGCUGGGUUGGAUGUGUUCACCUCGGAGCCGCCGGCGGAAGGGUCCGUGGCGGCGAGGUUGGCGGCGCAUCCAAAGGUGGUGAGCACGCCGCAUCUCGGAGCGAGCACGGUCGAAGCGCAGGAGAAUGUGUCGAUGGACGUGUGCACACAGGUGGUGGAGAUAUUGAGAGGCGGACUCCCGACGGCGGCAGUCAAUGCGCCGCUGAUCCUGCCUGAGGAGUAUAAAAGGUUACAGCCGUUUGUCCGUCUCAUCGAGCGCAUGGGCAGCCUCUACACACAGCACUUUGCGGGGGGACAUGGGCGGGGCGGUAUGCUCGGGGGGCGGCGGUUCGAGCUCGUCUACCACGGCGAGCUGGCGGGCAUCAGCAACACGCGGCCGCUGUACGCAGCGCUGGUCAAGGGGCUGGUCAGCUCCAUCAGCGAGGGUGGCGGGCGCGACGUCAACAUUGUCAACGCCACUCUCAUCGCCAAGGAGCGAGGCCUUGCCAUUGACGAGAAGCAUGUCCGCAACGGCGGCGCUGUGCCCACGUACGCGAGCGCCGUGACGUUGCGCAGCUUGCGCACCGACGAGGCGGUCCAGGCGGGAGAGCAGGUCAUUGAGGGCUAUGUGAGCGGCCGGGCCAUCUUCAUCUCCAAGCUGGAUCGCUUCACGGCCAACUUCCACCCCGAAGGCACGCUGCUAAUCCUGCACAACUACGACGAGCCGGGCAAGAUUGGCAACGUCGGCAUGGUGCUGGGCAAGCACGGCAUCAACAUCACGUUUAUGCAGGUUGCUUCGCUGGAGAACGGGCUGACGGCGACGGCGACGGCGACCACUCAGGCUGCAGGAACCGGGAAUGGCCAUGCUGAGAAAGAAGCCUUGAUGAUUCUGGGCGUCGCCGGGGAGGUGACGGACGACGUGCUGGGGGAGCUGGGCCAGUCGGAGGGCAUUUUGGAUGUCAGUUUGCUAAGGCUGUAGGUCCAGGUGACUCUUGUGCGAGUCUUUUGAUGCGUUCCAUGUGUGAACUUCACGUUACUAUACUCAUUCUUAGCCCGGCUAUGAAUUGGUCUCUACCAACUUCAAGUUAUGGUGCU